GUACUGAUAGACGGCACUGACUGGCAUCACUUCUGGGCACUGACUGGCGGUACUGACUGGCACAACCCCUGGGCACUGACUGGUGGCACUGACUGGCAGCACUGCUGGGCUGCACUGGUGGGCGGCACUGGUGGGCACCACUGGUGGGGUGGGCACAGGUGGGUGGCACUGGUGGGCACAGGUGGGUGGCACUGGUGGGCACAGGUGGGUGGGCACAGGUGGGUGGCACUGCUGGCACAUGUAGAGUGGCACAGGUGGGGGCACUGCUGGGCACAGGUGGGGGCACUGCUGGGCACAGGUGGGGGGCACUGCUGGGCAUGGGUGGGC